AUCCCGUUCCAGGCGUUCCGUAGCGAGAACGCACUGCCGAAGAGUUACUUUCGAAUCAUACUUGCUUAUACUCUGAUACUCUCUCACACACAUUCGACAGACACACCAUCAUGGGGCAGUGGAACUCUACCCCCUCUGAAAUAGACGAGGACGAGCCCUUCCUCCUGUACAAGGAGCAACUGCAGCAGGAGCGAAUGAUGGAGCUGCAGAACCAGUGGUUGGAGCGGACAAAUGCCAUGGAGAUAGCCUGGUCCAGGGAGUUCGUCAGAUACUACGGAGCCUUCUGCGCAGUCUCCACCGUGGGGCUCUGUGUGGGUGCCUUUCAGAGGAGGAGGCUGGUCCUGCUGGCGCCACUGGUCCCCCUGGGUUGCGUGCUGACCUACCAGCUGGACCAGGUCUACGGCACCCUGCGGGGUCGGGUCAGAGAGGAGGCAGAGAGACUCAUGGGGUCAGAGCGAGCCAAACUGGGCCCACCAGGAGGGCACCUGACCUUCCAGGCCCUAGAGGACAUCCGUAAGGCCAGACCCAACGCACUCCGUGCAUGGCCUAUCCCCAGGGGCGCCGCUAGGGAUUUUGGGCCCCAUGAAAAGAAUGAAACUUAGUGUCAUUAUUUUUUCUGUAUUAUAAUUUCAUCAUCAUUAGGGGCCUCUCUGGGCCCCCCUCCAUCAUGGGCCCUUAGAAUCCGUCUCCUUUACCCCCCCUUUUCGGCGCCCCUGCCUAUCCCUCAUGAUCACCCUCUCUUCCGGAAGAAUCUGCCCACUCCACCACUUGAUGCUAAAGAUCCUGAUGUCAGUUGCGGCCAUUUUACUAA